AUGGAAACGAACGAGACUGUAGUAAAUAUCCAACCGGCUGAGGUUUCCAGAUCAAGCGACCACCUACCAAUUCCAGAAAUGCCAUUAACACCAAUAAAUGAGCAAGCAAUAUUUGAAUCCCGAAGAGCAUUACAUCGCAUAAAAGCACUGAAGCCGCUAGAGAUAACGAGAAUGGAUGAAAGCUUAAGCGACACUCUCCCGAAUAAUCCUAAUAUUUGGCAACUGAACAGCACUGUGUAUGACGUUGUAAAAAGAACCUGCCAGCCAAUAAUAACCCAUGCACGCGCAACGCCUGAAAUUAGAGCACAAAGAAGGAUUAAAAAAAUGGAGGCAAAAAUUCAACUUGCAAGACAAAAAGCGUCCAGAAUACAGUGUGUGAUUGAAUAUCAAAUACAAGGUACACCGUUUACAAGGAGAGUGAGAAAAACUGCAGCAGAACUAAGACGCAACCAUCACACACUGAAUCAAGGAAUACUGCUUGCAGCCAAACAGCAUUAUAUUGACCGCAUCAAAGUUCUCAUGAUCUCCAAAAGACAGCUGGCUGAAAAGACCAAGGCCAUUAUGGAAAACAAAAUGUUUCGGGAAAAGCCAGGACGACUAUUCUCACCACCAAUGGCGCAAAUAGAAAAUCCGCCUACCACUGAAGAAGUAGAGAACUUCUGGAAAGACUUGUAUGGCGAGGUUCGACCACUCCGAUAUAACACCCCGGCCCUCGAGCAAUUCAAAGUCUUCGCUCAGAACCACCGAACGGCUAAUGAGCCGAAACAUCAAAUCACAGAGGAAGAAGUUCAACAAGCACUCCAGGGUACGAAGAACUUCUCAGCGCCGGGCCCAGACUGUAUAAACGCAUACUGGUGGAAAAAACUGACAUCUACACAUCUCCACCUGGCAAGGAUAUUCGACACAUGGUUGCAUGGAAACCAACAAAUACCGUCGUGGGUGGUAGAGGGGCGGACAGUAUUAAUACCUAAAAGUGGAGAUCUAUCGCAGCCGAAGAACUACAGGCCGAUAACCUGCCUAAAUGCAUGCUACAAGAUAUUCACAAGGAUCUUGUAUGCCCGACUAUUAUCAGCUAUCAAAACAGCGCUCGAUGAGAUCCACGAACAACGAGGCUCAAAAAGGGGGGUGGCUGGAUGUAAGGAGAAUCUUCUUAUCGACCGGAGCAUCACACAAGAUUCGAUGCAGUACCAGCGAAACUUAUCCAUGGCCUGGAUAGAUUAUCGCAAGGCAUUUGACUCCACAAGCCAUGAACUUAUCCUGCGCCUGCUACGAACCCUUGAGGCACCGGAGGCAGUGGUGGACUGUAUUGAGAGGCUGAUGCCGCUCUGGAAAACUCGGGUGUGCAUCAACAACGGAACAACUAAGAUUUGCACGGAUGCAAUUCAGCUAAGAAGGGGAGUUUUCCAGGGCGACUCACUGAGUCCUCUCCUCUUCUGCAUCUCCCUUCUCCCACUUUCGAUCGCACUUCGGAACACACGCGGAUACAAAUGUGGAAAGCCAGGAAUCAGAGGUCACAAGGUCACACACUUAUUUUAUAUGGAUGACCUAAAGCUGUACACCGCAGGAGAAAGGGACCUAAAAAUAUCUCUGCGAAUUGUGGAGGAGUUUACGAGUGCGAUUGGAAUGGAACUUGGGCUCAAUAAAUGUGCUGUAAUUCACCUAAAAAGGGGAAGAAAUGAAAACUACGGAGAGGAUGUGCAAUUGGUAGAUGGAAGUACAAUUCAAAAACUGACCGAUGAUGAGACAUAUACCUACCUUGGAAUUGAACAGCGGCAUUUCCAAGAGACACAAAAGGUUAAAGACUCUCUCUGCGAACGUUAUCGGAAGAGACUUCGUCAAAUCUGGUCUUCCAGUUUGUCUGGAGUGAAUAAAACCCUUGCAACCAACAUACUGGCCACACCUAUUAUCACAUACUCCUUUGGUGUAAUAAAAUGGACGGAGAAUGAACUGCACCAACUCGAUGUAAUAACUCGAAAGAUGAUGCACAUGGAAAAAAGCUUGCACACAAAAUCAUCUGUCCCGAGGCUUUAUCUACCAAGGGAACAGGGAGGACGCGGUCUUCUCAGUUUAGAAAGCUUACACCAAAGAGUGAUCCUAAGCACGGCGUACACACUCCUUAAAACUCAAGAUCCUCUACUAGUAAUGGUACGAGACCACGAGAAAGAAGAAAUUGGUGGAUUCAUUUUCAAAGAAGCAAAAAAAGCAGCGAAUAAACUCAAUCUAAUAUUCGAUCUUCAGCGCCAACAUCCAGAAUCCAUCACAGAACACAGCGCCACACAGGUAGUCAACCGAAUUAGGUCCGCACAGAACAGGAGGUUCUUGCAAAAUCACGUGGAGAAACCCGUGCACGGAGCCUUCUAUAACAUAAUGACACAACAGCAGCUUUCUGAGAGACUAUCAUUUGCUUUCCUGAGGUCGAGCGGCUUAAGAUCUGAGACAGAGGGAUUUAUACUGGCAUGCCAGGACGGUGUCUAUGGCUCUUUGGUGUACCGUAGCCGUAUUAUGGGCCAACAAAUCGAAGAUAUAAGAUGUAGAGCAUGCCAUCAAGCUCCGGAGACCCUGUGGCACAUACUAUCAGCCUGCCCUACUUAUGCGGCUUCGGCUUAUACCCAGCGCCAUAACGCCGCAUUGAGGGUGAUAUACUAUCACCUUCAUCAUAUGCAUGGAUUUGAUGAAACGCCAGUACUACCACAAACACCGAAAGAAAUUGAGUCCUUGGUGGAAAACGAAACAACCAAAAUUUACUGGAACUAUCCAUUCCAGGCCUUCGGACAAAUACGGGCGAACAGACCAGACAUAGUUCUCAGGAUAUAG